GAAUAUUGAGCACCAACUGACUGUUUUUGCCGGCCAUAAAACUUGUUGGCAUAUAAAAAAAAUCAAAAGCCCUAGUUCCCCCAAAAACCAAAAGGCGGAAGCAGCUGCUACGGCCUCUCCUCUUUCCUCCUCUGCGUAACGCACCAGGUUUUCUUUUGAAUCCCAAAAAACUAUGUCUCGCGUGUACGUGGGUAACCUUGACCCACGAGUCUCGGAGCGAGAUCUUGAAGACGAGUUUCGUUGCUUUGGAGUUAUUCGAAGUGUAUGGGUUGCUCGUAGGCCACCGGGUUAUGCUUUUAUUGACUUUGAUGAUCACAGAGAUGCUGAGGAUGCAAUCCGUGAAGUAGAUGGCAAGAAUGGCUGGAGAGUUGAGCUUUCUCAUAAUUCUAGAGGCAGAGGUGGACGCACCGGCGGAGGUGGUCGUGGACGCUCUGGUGGUUCUGAUUUGAAGUGCUAUGAGUGUGGUGAGCCUGGUCAUUUUGCUCGAGAAUGCCGUAUGCGUGGUGGUUCAGGAAGACGUCGCAGUCGCAGCCCUAGAUAUCGCAGGAGCCCAAGCUAUGGACGCAGAAGUUACAGUCCUCGUGGACGAUCCCCAAGACGUCGUAGUGUCUCUCCUCGUGGGCGUAGCUACAGCAGAUCUCCGCCAUACCGUGGUCGUGAGGAAUUGCCGUAUGCUAAUGGAAAUGGUGUAAGGGAACGCCGUCGAAGCAGGAGCUAAGUACCUCAAGGAUGUAACUUUUAUAUGAGGAGACUGGGAUUAAGUGUGUUUAUUGUGUUUGGACUUCAGUGCAACUAUUUUUAAUUGGCCCUCAGCCUCUUGGAUUUGGAUAAGUUUCUUUUUGUUUUUCUUUAUUCUAUGAUGGUUUUCUUUGCUUUACUUAUGCUAAAUAGUCCUUUUUUCUAUGUAGGAAAAAAGUUGCUUUAGAUGGCCUUUAUAAAUUUAUUGAGAAAUCAUUCUGGAACUCUGCUAAAAAAUUCAUGCUUUUCUUUUUGUGUUGAGGUGUCUUCUGGGUCUGCCUCAUUGGUUUUUGCUCUUCUACACUCCCCUGGGAUUUACUUCUUUGCUGCCCGGCUAUGGGAUCUUCAAUUCUCGAUGAUUGUGGGUCCCAUUUGGCAUCAUCUCUAGUUGCUACUGUUUGAAUGAAUCUCUCCAGCUGUGAUGCACUACUCUAGUGGCAUUUUCUUACUUUAUCUUAAAAGGAAUGAGGAGGUGCGUCAAAUGCUUCUGGCAGGUACUUAUAUCUGUUCUACAGAAGUUGAUGUUUUAGGGUCCUUACAUGAGUGGGAUUGGUAAUUCACAGAUAUAAUUUCUUUGCAAACUUUUGAAAAUGACAACAAAAAUGAUUUAGAAGGAUGCAAGGAUAUUUUACUUACUGUUUUUAUAACAUGUUUUUGGUCAUUCAGCUGACAAGCAAGAAUAAAUUUGGAGUCUUCUACUUCUAUUGGGUUGGAAAGUUGGGAUGCCGAACUUGCUUUUCUUCCUAGUGUCUUCAUCUAGAUCCAGAUGAUAAUACAUGAUAAAAAAGGGGUGUUUGCUUUUUUUUAUUUAUUAUUAUUUACCAUUUGAAGUGAGUCUUCUGUCAACAUUUUUUGGGGGCUACAUGAAAUGGGGGUUUUCUGGGAUGGUUGGCUUUUAGCUGCAGAACUUGAUGAUCUCUGAGCAUGUUCUCGCAAGUUAAUUAUGAUUCGACCACCCAGCUAUAUAUUGGGGUCUCUUCAUAGGCUGCAAAACAAGUGUAGGUGAAGUGACAUUGCCAGUUCUCUUUGGUCUCUACUGGAGGAUGGUAAACCUAUCAAAAUUUGGUGGUUGUGUUUGCGUUUUAACAGCACGGAGCUUUUCUCUCUCUUCCUGUUUAUGGUCAUUGCUUAGGAAUGUUAAUCUUCAUUGCGCGCCUUUGAAUCUCUUUGCUACAAGUGAGAUGGUUAUGCAGCUGGACCUCAUCAUGUUUUUGGCCCUGUGGAAUAUUAGACUGAAACAAGAGCAGGGAUAAAGUUUUCAUAUUAGGUUUCAUAGGGUUCAAUCAUUUUAGAUUGGGAAUUCUUCUACUUUGAAAAAUGUCUUGAUGAAUUCAUUAUAUUUUUCUGAAACUAUUUUUUUUUAUAUGAAUAUGGUCAAAAGAGGGUCACACUUUUGUUUGUUU